CAGAGGGGUGUUACUGCUGAAGAAUACGAGUAAAAGUCGGGUGUAACCCACCACUACAAGUACAGCAUUAUAUGGAUCAAGAUCUGUCUAUUGUUAGCUAAAGACACCGUGGUUUUAGUUCAGAUUAACCUGCCUUUUUCGAGGACUUCUUAUAAGUGUGGGAGGCAGUACUACGUGGCUCAGUGAAACACCCCACGAACGGAAGCAGACGAUCACUAAACAGCUGAAUAAAGAGGGAUCACUUCUCCAGAAAGAUGGCACAAAGGACGUUUCCUGAAAGUGGGCAAGAUGGCCGUUCAGUCCUGGGGAUGUUGUCAGUGCAGGUGGAGAGAGACCCUAAGACCGGGGCCACCGUUAUUCGUUCCGUGGCCCCUCUGUCCUCCCCAUCCGGAGCGACCACCACCGUGUUCGACGACGGCAGGAAGAGCAUCCACGCUGUCGGAGGAUCGGGAAACCAACCCUCGUCCGAAGAGCUCGGGCAGAUCUUAAGUAUCGUGGACGGAGUUGGGAUGAGGGUCCUGCUGGACGAAGUCACGGUCACGCCAGAGGAGGUAAAGAUGAAGAAUGAAGACGCUAACAAAGCUCCGAAGGGAAAAUUAUUGUCUGUUUUUAGCCGUCAAAACGAGGAAGAGACGCCGCAAGACACCUCGAGAAGCUACGAGUUUGAUCUGAAGACACAGGAAUGUUCUGGAAACAAAGAAGUGGACAGAAGCAACACGUUUGAUCUGAAGACACAGGAAUGUUCUGGAAACAAAGAAGUGGACAGAAGCAACAAGCUACGAGACAUUCCCGGAGAAGUCGAUAACGUGGAGGAUCUGAAUCUAGAAGAAGGCCCGGUUACUUUGGUGUUUAUGGGAUACUCUGAUCAGAGCCAAGAGGAAGACGAAGGUCCGAUCACCGUGGAGCGAGUGAUGAUCAACGAGGAAGGGGAAGAAACCGUCUUAGGACCCCAAACGCCCCAAAAAGAGUCCAAAGAGUUUCAGGACAUUCCCCUGGAUGGAAACGGAGUGAAAGUCCAAGGAGAGGAAGCCGACGAGGGGCUGCAUGAUUCAUCUUCCCCCAGUAUAGCAGAAGGUGGAGGCACUCCCAAGCGUAAGAGCUGUCAGUGCUGCUCCGUCAUGUGAGGGGGGGAUGAUGGAAGAGAGAGACUCACCUCAUCAGCCUUAAUCGUAUCAUUUGUCAUAAUCGUGACUUCUAUUACACACUACAUGCUGCCUAAAUGACUGAUCUGAGAGAGCAAACCACCACCUGGUGUAGUCUGACAAUGGUUUGGGCUCUGAGCACCCAUCACUUUACUUCACUUUGCCAAAGAAAGACAUUUAUCAUGUUGUAGCAGCUCUGAGAGACUUUUUAAAUCCACUUCCGCCCUCUGGUGGACAAACCUGAGAACUUCAACAUGACAUUUUCUCAUUUCAAAUAUCUCUGGGACUUUUUGGUGCCUUAUUAUCAGCUCAAAUAUAACAUAUUUACUAUAUAAAUGGAAAAAGCCAAAGCAGAAAAAAGGCUUUUUAUCUGUAAACAUGGUGUGGUUCAAUGUGUAUACUUUGACGUGUAUUUGCAAAUGAGAAACAUUGGUAAUAUAUUCAGAUUAUUUUUGAAAUUGUACCUUUUUCUUACCCAGUACUCAGGGCUACAGCUUCCACAUAGGACAUGAACAAUGUUUCUAAAGUGUGUUGUUUUUAAAAAUCCUAAGGAGGGAAUUGCAUAAUCAUUUCACACUGUUGUGGAUAUAGUAUUGUGUCCAAAUCUUGCAAAAAGGUAAUAUUUUUGGGACUAAAUACUCAUUUUCUUUGGGAAAAUAACACUCACACAAAAGUAAAACCUUUUCCCAGAAGGUACUGCACUUUUAAAUUAGACUAUUUUAGACUUCAAAGAUUGUAAUAAUCAGAUUUGUUAUUUCUCCCGCAGAAUACAAUCAUUUGCAUUGAAGGAAAGGCUUUGAAAUCUCAUUUUGGAAAUAGUAUUGUUCGAUAAAAUGUGCCAAAUGUAAGAAGAGGUUCUCUUAAAGACUUUGUGCCCUGGUCAAAAAACUGGAGGAGUUUCAUCCCCAUUUCACAACUCUUGUCUACAUGUACUUGUCUUUACUUUAAGUUUUUAUUUUAUUUUAUCGAAGUCCAUUUCCUCAGGUACUUGCUUAAGUACACAUUUAAGGUACUUUUACUUGAGUUUUUCUAUUUUAUGCAUUUCUUACUUCCACUCCACUACAUAUCAUAGGUACAUCUUCUUAAUAACACAUUUUUAAAGUGUGCACAGCAGCCAUUAUCCCAUCUGUAUCCAAAUAUUGGAUAAUGAAAUGAUGUAACUGCAUGUACAAUGCUACCAGAGUAUUUAAACACCAUUUUAAAUAAUCUAUAAAAACCUUCAUAACAACAGCGUAGAAAAUGUUCCUUGA